GUUCAUUCGCUGGUAUUACAGCGCGUGCAAUAUGCAAAUGAAGUUCCACAAUGAAAGUAUAUCAACAAAAGAAUGCUAGAAUUUAUUCUGUACAGUUCUAUAACGGAUACCACAACUAUAACAGACUUUUUGAGAUCACGAUGGAGGCAGAUUAUAUUCUUUUGAUUGCCAUGGCAGCCAUCAGUUGCACAUUGGCGGCUAAAAAGGACCGUUGUGACGUCGUCCACGCUCUGCGUGACAAAGGCGUUCCAUAUAGCGACAUGCGAAAUUGGCUUUGUCUGGUAAAGCACGAAAGCAACUUCCAUUACGAUGCCGUCAAUGACAACGGAGGUGACCGCUGGAGUGACUACGGCAUCUUCCAGCUGAAUAGCAAGUACUUUUGCGACCAGCCGGACGGCAUCACAGGGACCAAUUGCAAGAAGCUGAGACAGAAGGGCUGCAGUGAUACCUGCGCAUCGUUCAAAGACAGUGACAUUUCCAACGACGUUUACUGCGCAGUUAGAAUCAAGAACUGUUAUGGGGGCUACUCGGCAUGGUAUGGCUGGGUCAAUAGGUGUAAUGGCCGUGAUCUGGUAGGCAACUCCGAUUACGACUACGAGGACUGUUAGACCCAGUCGAUUAUCUCGUGAGGAAUACCAUUGUUAUGUAAUGUUUUGAUUGAACUAUUGUUAUGUUGAUAAGUGAAUUUGUUUCAAUGCUGUAUUUUCGUUAAACAAUUGACAAUAUUUGAGGUAAUAAUAAGUUGUAUUUGUUUUUUGCUUUUGUUAUAAUCAGCUAUACUAGCAUUUUUUAACUUGUUCUUCUGGAUUUUCAUAAUCUGCACAUUAUCUCAUAAUUUUCAU